AUAGUAGUAGUAAAUAUGGGAGUAAAUGCUUCUGCAAAACAUCAACUAAUCCGCAUACUCCUUCACCUGCGAAUAUUUACUCCACUCUGUGAACCAUUUUAUAUAUUCUUCCCAGUCCACUUCCCUCUCCAAACUCAAACCCCCCCUUCCCCUUCUCUUCUUUCUCAAUAGUGUUCUAAGCAGUCAGUGACAAUGGAGAGGAAAAGAAACAAUCCUACUUCUUUCACUAUGUUCACAUUGCUACUUGGAGUGCUUUCUCAGAACCUUGUCAUCCCUGUAAUAUCUACCACUACCACCAUUGAGGACCACAACUCUCCAGACCCACAUGCAGGAACAGAUUUAUCAAAUUCUCUGUGUUCAUACUGCUCUCCAGAUCAUGGCUCUGGGAGUAGUGGACAUGGAAGCUCACCACAUCACUCUCAUCAUGGAUCACCAUCUCAUCAUGGAUCACCAUCUCAUCAUGGAUCUCCGUCACAUGGAGGUGGUGGAAGUUACAAUCCAACCCCAUCAACUCCCCCUGGUGGUGGAAGCUAUGAUCCAACUCCAUCACCACCCUCAGGUGGUGGUGGAAGUUACAAUCCAACCCCAUCAACUCCCCCUAGUGGUGGAAGCUAUGAUCCAACUCCAUCACCACCCUCAGAUGGAGGUGAAAAUUGCAAUCCAACCCCAUCAACUCCUCCCGGUGGUGGAAGCUAUGAUCCAACUCCAUCACCACCCUCAAGUGGUGGUGGUGGAAGUUACAAUCCAACCCCAUUAACUCCCCCUGGUGGUGGAAGCUAUGAUACAACUCCAUCACCACCCUUAGGUGGAGGUGGAAGUUACAAUCCAACCCCAUCAACUCCUCCAGGUGGUGGAAGCUAUGAUCCAACUCCAUCACCACCCUCAGGUGAUGGUGGUGGUGGAAGUUACAAUCCAACUCCAUCAACUCCCCCAGGUGGUGGAAGCUAUGAUCCAACCCCAUCACCACCCACAAAUGGUGGAAGUUACAAUCCAACCCCAUCAACUCCUCCUGGUGGUGGAAGCUAUGAUCCAACUCCAUCACCACCCUCGGGUGGUGGAAGUUACAAUCCAACUCCAUCAACUCCCCCAGGUGGUGGAAGCUAUGAUCCAACCCCAUCACCACCCACAAAUGGUGGAAGUUACAAUCCAACCCCAUCAACUCCUCCUGGUGGUGGAAGCUAUGAUCCAACUCCAUCACCACCCUCGGGUGGUGGAAGUUACAAUCCAACUCCAUCAACUCCCCCAGGUGGUGGAAGCUAUGAUCCAACCCCAUCACCACCCACAGAUGGUGGAAGUUAUAAUCCAACUCCAUCACCACCCUCAGGUAGCAACUGUGGAACACCACCACAAGACCCCUCUACUCCAACACCCUCAGUCCCAACAACACCAUCAACCCCAUCAAACCCUCCCUUGGGAGGAGGUGGGUACUAUAACUCACCACCAACUUAUGGAGGUGGUAGCCCCCCAACACCAAUCACUGUGAGCCCACCUUCAACCCCAAUUGAUCCAGGCACCCCCACUAUCCCCUCCACACCCCCUUACCUUCCUUCCCCAACUCCCUUCACUGGUACAUGCAACUACUGGAACACUCACCCAGGAAUCAUUUGGGGAUUGCUAGGCUGGUGGGGAACCUUAGGCCAUGCAUUUGGUGUCUCUAGUAUACCAGGGUUUGGUGCCAGUCGCAGCUUACCACAAGCACUUUCCAACACUAGAACUGAUGGACUAGGAGCACUCUACAGAGAAGGGACAGCUUCCUUUCUUAACUCCUUGGUGAACAACAGGUUCCCUUAUACAACCCAGCAAGUCAGAGACAGAUUUGUAGCAUCUCUUGCCUCAAAUAAUGCAGCAGCAGCACAAGCCAACCUCUUCAAGAUGGCCAAUGAGGGGCGAAUGAAGCCUCGAGCAUGAUAUAGUUAAUUUGGUUUGUGUGUCAGUUUAUUAGUUUAGAAUAUUAUGUCUUAAGACUUAUUCUAAGAGUGUGUUAUUUAGGUUCUUAUCAUGCAUAAUAUGGAUAUCGUUUUACUUUACAAGUUCAUGUUAGCCUUUAUGGUUUCUUAUUUUGUAAUAAAGUUUAUAUAUUGUUACUUCAAUAGUUCAAU